AUGCAGUCCCUCGAUCCCACCGCCACCACCAAUGCAACCAUCUCGCCGCAAGACACCUCUCUCCCGCCCGCUGCCUCGUCGUCCACGCAGUCCUCGGCCAACACCUCGGCCAACGCGGCUGCCGCUGCCGCGCUGGCCAACGCCAACAGCAGCGUCAAGAAUCUCAGCUGUUUGCAGUGCCGCAAGCGCAAGACGCGAUGUGACAAAAAGUACCCCUGCUCCCCCUGCGUCAUCCGCGGAGACCAGGCCUCUUGCACACAGGUGCAGCAGACCAUCGCCUCCAUCACCACCUCGUUCGGCUCCGCCACCUCGCCCACGCGCGAGCUCGCGCCUCCCCGGCCACAUCGCGCCUCCAUCUCUCUCUCGCAAGAUGGCCAAGCAUCCACGCUGGGCGCCGCUCCUCCUUCCUCGUCGUCAUCCAAGAACGAGCUGCAGGAAGCAGCGUCGUUUGCAUCCGACCGCUUCAUCGGCAUGGAUGCCGAACGCCUCUACCGCCUCGAGGCGCGCAUGGACCGGAUCGAACGCUACGUUCUGAACAGCCGUACCAACACCAACGGCGCGCCAUUCGUCUCUGCCGCCGACCACGAGGACGAGCCGCUAGCUGCCGCCGAUCGCGCCGCUGCCAAGCAGGAGCUCCACAUCGGUCAAGACAUCCAGGAUUUGUUCGAAGAUGCUGCCAUGGGUCGCAAGCUCAAACUCAAGAGUCUUCCCAUCGAUGCUGUCGGCACCGCGGCAGAAGGCGACCCCAAGGAUACAGAGACCGACGAGGAGCAAAUGCUCGACCAGCGCUCCGCCGACUCGUCCGCCGACGUCGCCUUCCGAUUCGCACAGUUCCUGCCGCCCAACACGUCGGUGCUGCUCGACUUCUACUUUACCCACGUCGACUGGACCACGCGCGUCCUGCCCCCCGAGAGCCCCGCCGACUUUCUGCGCCUCUCAAAGAUGCAGCCCGAACAGAUCGCUGCGUUCCCCGUAUCGAGCGCGCUGGUGUGCUGCUACUUUGUCGUCAUCGCCCUUGCGCUGCACUGGUCGGACCCGGCGCUGCUGGAACUCGUGGGCAUCUCGAAAAAGGAGGCAUCGCGACUGGCAGAUACGCUGUGCACGGGAAGCCAGCAGCUGCUGUGGUCGAGCAACUUCCUGCAGUCGCAGCAGCUCGAGCAUCUCGCGUGCAUCUGCCUGCUCGGCGUCUAUCAGCACAACCGCAAAGAGCAGGCCGACGGUCAAUGGGCGCUGCUCGGCUCGGCGAUCAAGGUGGCUCAGAACGUCGGGCUUGCGCGUCUCGACCAUGGCUCAACAUCGCAUCAGCCGUCGAUCAGCAUGAGGACCGAGGCGCGGCGCGAGCUGGGACGUCGGAUCUGGUGGAACCUCACCUGGCUCGACUGGUCGCAUGCGGUGGCGCACUUUGGCGUGUACUCGGUGCAUCCUCUGCAGAAUCGCACGAAUCUGCCGGCCAACGUCGAGAUCCACGGCGACAGCCUCACGCUGCACUCGCCCGACGUCUACACGCACUCGUCGUCGAUCACGAUGCGCAUGCGCUACGUCACGCUCUACCGCGAGAUUGUCGACGUCUCCAACGAACGCUCGCUGCUCUCCCGAGCUCAGAUCCACCGCUUUGUAAGCAAGCUCAACGAGGUGCACGACUCGACGCCUUCGUGCCUGCGAUACUCGCCGCAGCGUACGUUUGAUGCGCCCGAUCAGGCGAUGGAGUCGGUGAUGCUCGAGUUGAUGUAUCUGAACCGCAUCCUGCGUCUGCAUCGCGUGCAUCAGCUCUCGGGCUUCACGGACGACGAGUGGAGGUUUGCACGCAAGGCAUGCCUGUCGUCGGCCAGCUGCAUCAUCCGCAUCCUCUCGCUGCAAGAGUCGAGCGUGAUCCACAAGUUCUGGUUGGUGACGUUCUAUCUGCUGGGAGCGGCGAUGGCGCUGGUGAUGGAGCUGUGCUGUGCACGUCAGCACGACCUGGAUGCGACGGCGGUGCGAGCGAAUCUGGCAACGGCCAUCUCGCUGCUAUCCAAGGCCGGGCCGGGGAGCGAAGCGGCACGCAACUCGCGACGCAUUCUCAAGGAGCUUCUCAACGCCGAGGACAAGAUCCGGGAAGCGUUUGCGCGACUGGGUGGUCUGGAGAGGAUCGCGGAAGAAAAGCUGGAUACGAGCGGGACGAAGGAUGUGUUUUUGGACGUGCUGCAGCGCGUGUUUAGCGCGUCGUCGAGGGUCAAGCGCAAGCGUCCGCUGGAUGCGCGACAGGCUGCGGCGGCGGCAGGUAGGCCGGACAAGAUCAAGCGUCUCGCCGAGGGAGAGUCGGCGGAACAUACGCGCGAGUCGAGCGUGGCGUCGGUGGGCGAGGCGCGGACCGAUUCGAACAACGCAAUGCAGGCCGACUACAGCUGGCUCAACCCCACCGAUUUCGCCGGCAUGAUGGGCGACGGACCGGGCAAGAUGGCCGAGGCGGUGUCUGUUGGAGGCGAAGCACGGACUGUGGCUUCCAACGAGAGCGACUGGCAGGGCGACCAGACGCUCUUCCCUUCGCUCGACGGCAUCUUGUCGGGAGCGCUCUCGAUCGACGAGUGGCUUGGGUCGUCGUAUCCGUUCGAUCAUUUAUGA